GCAGCAAGCAACAGAAAUGGCGCUCCGCACGUGCAACACUCUUCCCUCUCCUUUCGUUAACUCAAUCAAAUUGACUAGGAAACCCAUUCGAAACUGCAAAUUCUCAGUUAAGAAUUCUAUUUCUGACCCAAAUGAAUCACGUAAGAAAUUUGCAGCUGGUUUUGCAAGUAAAAGAGAGGCUUCAAAAAGAUUAUAGUAGUCUCCCAGUUGGUAAAAAUGGACGAGAUGAUGAAGAUAUGAUCCUCUGGUACCUAAAGGACAGGAGGUUUUCCGUUGAAGAAGCCGUUGCAAAAUUGACUAAAGCCAUUAAAUGGCGUCAAGAAUUUAGAGUGUCUGAACUAAAUGAAGAGUCUGUGAAAGGUAUUGCUGAAACUGGAAAAGCUUAUGUGCAUGACUUUCUUGAUGUUAAUGGCAGACCAGUGCUCAUAGUGGUAGCAUCAAAGCAUUUACCUGCGGUGCAUGAUCCUGUUGAGGACCAGAAGCUCUGUGCCUUUUUGGUUGAGAAGGCAUUGAGCAAGCUCCCACCUGGAAAGGAAGAAAUUCUUGGUAUAUUUGAUCUCAGAGGCUUUCGUACUGAGAAUGCAGAUCUUAAAUUCUUAACCUUUAUGUUUGAUAUAUUUUACAAUUAUUAUCCAAAGCGGUUGCGUGAAGUCCUCUUUGUGGGAGCUCCAUUUAUAUUUAAGCCAUUUUGGCAGCUAGUCAAGCCCUUGUUGAAAUCAUAUGCUUCAAUGGUAAAAUUUUGCUCUGUGGAGACUGUCAGAAAGGAAUAUUUUACUGAAGCAAAGCUACCAGUCAGUUUCAAAGACUGACUGUAUCAUCCCCUUUUAUUUUAGGAAUUUUGCAGAAUCAAGACAUGGAUGCGAGGGUUGUGGCAGACUACAGACAGUUCAAAUGUGCUUGAACUUCAUCAAUGUUUAAACAGAGUUGAUGGGCUCAUGUUUUUUCAACUUGCUCGGCCUCCCCUUUGGGAAGUUUACUGAUAGACUUCUGGAAAUAUUUGAUGAAUUAGAGCUUCUCCUUGCAAAGGAAUGGGUCCCUCACCAGAAGAACUUAGGGUCAUUGUGCCUCCUGUAAUCGAACACUUUUUGUACAAUAAUUUUAUAGUAAAUGUCCAUUACUGAAUCAAGUCCAAAAAAUGUCUAAAUGUCCAUUACUAAAUCAAGUCCAAAAAAUGCGCAGCCAGCCAGAAAAGAGUUUUAUUUGUUGUAUCGCCAGCCAGAACAGAGUUUAUUUGUUGUAUCCCAGCCAAAAUAGAAUUAAUUUGUUGUGUCUCUGUUAUUCAAU